AUGCGUAGACUGCGAGGCCUGCUAGGCCUGCUAUGGACACUCGUUUUAGCGCAGAUAUCUUAUUCACAGAAUAACGAACCGAUCGUAGUGUGUAUACCCGGGACUUGUAUACAAGGCUACUCUAAUAUAACAGUUGGUGCAAGGAUCAGCAUACCCAACAGUUCCCAACAGCUGCACUUGUUACCGGGAACGUACACCUCAACGACCUCUCCACAAUUCCUUCACAACACACUAACCACAAGUGGAAUCACAUCGCUCGGCUCCCAAGGAUUCACCAACUCGACCAGACUCCCGCUCGAACUCUUCCUUGACCUCGGCAUCGCCAUCUUCGAGUUCCCCCGCUACACAGGCGAAUCCGCCUUUGCCGGGGUCAUCGACGACGACUCUGGGCCAGUCGAGUCGGACUUUAGCAUCCCACUCAACGCCUCAGGCCUCCUCACCGCCAGAGACCUCGUCACCACCCUCUUCUACACCCGCAACCAGAACGACACCCGCCGCGUAACAGUAUGGGACGCCAUCCCCGACUUCAAACAGCUCCCCGCCGCAAUCGCGUCCGUCUCCUCUUCAAUUGCGCUGCAUAACCUCGAAUCUAUCACCUGCCAGACGAAACGCAACCCUACGCCGUGCUCGAGUAAAGGAUACUGCACACCAGAGGGGUCAUGUCUCUGCGCACCCGGGUUUGCAGGCGACGCAUGCGAGCAGUGCGCCGCGGGGCAUUGGGGCCCGGAAUGCGAGCCCUGCCCGGACAAUUGCACUUCCUGCGACGAAGGAAUCGGUGGCACAGGCCGCUGCUUAACACGCUUCACCGAACCGGGCGCGCCCUCCACCUGCAACUGCGAGAACGGCGUAUGCGGGGAGGACGACGAGUGCCAGUGUUUGCCUGGAUGGAGAUCGCCCAAUGGAGGCCCGCAGUGCUCAGAAUGUGCGCAAGGGUUCUUCAAAACCUCCAACGGCGAUUGGGAGCUUUGCGGAGUAGGUCUCUACCCAGAUGGCGACAACUGUCAAGUAUGUGAUCGUGCUUGCGACACAUGCUUCGGCCCUGGCGUCGAGGGGUGCGGAACGUGCGGAAGGGGGAGGUACAUGGACCCCCAAGGACGAUGUGUCGAGACGCUCAGCAAUGGAGUAUGCGAUGGAACAUCCCUCGUAGCGGACAACGCGAAGAAAGUCUGCGACACGUGUGGCAAGGGAUGCUCAGCAUGUUCAUUCAGCAAUUUCGACGACGCAACCGUGUUCGAUGACCGAAGAUGCACCGCGUGUCUACCAGGACUGGUUCUCCAUCCAAACGGGCAAUGUGUGCAGGACUGCCCUUCAAACAUGUUUGCAUCCAUAGGCAACGGUGGCACCCCCGUCUGUGAACGCUGCGACUCCUCUUGCAGCUCCUGCUCUGGCACGUCCACAUUCUGCACUUCCUGUCCCUCCCCCAACCUGUUAAACCCCACCCGCGGAACCUGCAACCCCGUACCCUGCCCCUCCUCCACCUUUGAACAAAACGGAGCCUGCAUACCCUGCCACCCCGACUGUGCCUCCUGCUCCGGUCCCUCCUACGACCAAUGCACCUCCUGCUCGAGCACCGGCACACGCCCCCUCCUUCUCGACGGGAUCUGCCUCCCACACUGCCGCAACAAGAACGAGUGGUUUGAUGGAGAUACGGGGCGAUGUGCGCGGUGCCACGAGUCAUGCGGGAGUUGUAUGGGUCCGAGGGAGGAGCAGUGUUUGAGUUGCGAAGGGCUCAAGGUUUUACGGGAGGGUAGAUGUGUCGAUGCGCCGUGUGCUCCUCCGUCGUCGUCCGCGGAUGGGGACAAUGCAGCGCAUGGACUGGCGCCAGGAGUCAUGGUCCCCGACUUGGGUGUCUGCCUCUCCGAGCUCGUCCUCGUACCUUCAUCGGGUACAUCUACAGGCGGCGCACCUCUCCCAAGCAUAUCAGGGAUCAACACACCCACCAAGGGUAAAAGCGGGUUGGAGUGGUGGCAAAUCCUCCUCAUCGUUUUGGGAUGCGUCUUGGUCCUGGUGAUUAUACUCCUGAUUUGGUGGAGGCGACGGCGAGCUCGAUCGCGGAAAGAGGCUAGCACCAAGGGAGACACCUAUGUCUUCAACGGUCUCGGGCGCAACUACGACGAAGAAGAGGGCGGAAAGAAAGGGUGGCGGUGGAACCUGAUCAGCUGGUCUGAAUGGCUCUUUAGCGGUAGCUCCCGCCGACACCGCGACAACCUGGAACUAGAAGAACGAGGGAGGGAAAGGACGAGAAGGAAGUGGUCGAUCCCCAUCAGACGGCGUGCCUCAUCAGGCAGUGGCUCGACGUCGAAGAAGCCACUGAUUACGUCCAUUUCUGACUCACCACCGAAGAAACCGCUCAUCGCCUUUGCCUCGCUCGACCCGCCUGGUGGUUACGCGCCCAGCGGUCCGCCUCCCUUGAAGGGCAAGAAACCGCUCAUACUCGUUCCCUCCACCCACACCUCCAGUACCAAUAAUAACACCAACCCGGCGAACUCGUUGAGCGGGUGGACGCCCUACCGCAUGUUGAGCGAGCGGCAUUUCAAGAAUAACAGCACGAGUUCCAGCACUUCCGCCACCGCCAGCAAUCCGAACAGUACAACCAACUCGCCGGCUUUGCGGACGCUCACGCUCAGUCCCUCACCAAGCUCUCGGGCUCUCCAACAUAGGCGAGAGUUGAGCAGGGGCACGACGAGAACUAGUACUAUUCGGGAUAGCAAAGAUGUUGAUGACCUCGAGGAGGGCGUGAUUGGCUACAGGUUCACCCAGUCCCGCGCUUCGAACGAACUCACCCGCACCGUCCUCUGCUUCAACUUCGGCAUCCGCCUCUGCUUCACGUCCAAAUCCAUCCUCGACGCGUAUAACAGGCAAGGUCUGAUUGGGAGUUACGGGGAAGAGCCGAGGAAGGCGCCUCUUCCACCUGGCCGUGGUGCUACUCCUGUUGGUCGUGGUGGCACACCUAUUUCCUCUGGUCGUGGUGGCUCACCUACCCCUCCGGGGCUAGCUUCCACUUCACCUCCAACCUCCUCCGGAUCACAACUGGAUCCCGACCAGGUCCCAAUCUAUGGUGAAGACGUUUCAACCCAGACAAAGAACCAAGAAACCUGGAAGGACCUCUUCAAGAAUCCAUCACGGCUAAGUGGGAUACCUGCUUCUACCCUCUCUUCUACGUCCUCGUCGACUGCCGUGGGUUCGACGACGACGACGACAAGCAGUUCCACGGCUGCCGUACCGAAGACGACCCGACCCCCUCCGAGUUUCAAGUUCAGGCCUGCGCCUUUCCCAGUUCGACCUAUCCGGUCCAAAGGAAACGCUGUUCCAGAGCUUGGGCAGAGUGCUCAAACUGUUGUGCCUGCCACCGUAUCCACAUCUGCUGCCACAGGAGGUGCAACAACAACUACCACAACAAUCACAGCAGCCACAACCACAAGCGGAGACCCCUUCCAAUCACCCGACCCCUUCAACCAAACUCUCGUCGACACGCCCUCAACCGCGACGCGCAACGCACACCCGGACGUCCCCUCCAGCCCUGAUUCUAUCAUGUCUGAUCCCGGUUUAUCUUACUACCGUGGAGAGUACAACAGAGAGUCGGCAGUUGACUCGAUUGUGAUCAGGCCGUUUGUCGAGGACGCGGCAGGUGUGGGUACCUCCCACCCCUUGGCCAACGACACCAGCAGCUACACGUACAGACACAGACGGGCAAGUGCGGAUUCAAUUUCGAUAUACUCGCAGACGACGGGGUACCCUCCGACUGCUCGUGGGUCUACAUUCGGACACAGGUACGGGUAUGGAUGCGGAGGGCCUGCAGAACGCUUGUCGUACGCUGGUGGGAGGCCGAGUUCGUACUUUGGUGGACGAGGGUGGGGAGAAGUAGUAGGUGCUGGCGCUGGCCCCUCGGGGAAUCCCUUCGUUACCCCUAGUCAUUCGGCAAGCGGCUCGACACCUAGACCGCGAGGUCCCGCUCGGACCACCGCGAUGCCUACGACCACCGAAGAUGAGGAGUUGGAGCUGGACUUUGACUCUCGUGGGGAUGUGGGGCUUGGAGGAAGUGGUGGGGGUGGGGAAGUUGAACCCGAAGACCAAGACGAAGUUGAGGCCAUGGAAGACGAAGACGAGAGGAGGGAGAGGAGGUUAAAGUCCAAGUUCUCCAUGAGCACACUUGGUGAUGGGAGUCUCAGUCGGAGUGGGAGUGUGGCCAAAGAGAAGAAGGACAAGGGUGGCAAGUUUUUCUUCUCCAAGCGCUAG